AUGGCGCCUCCUCGACGGAACCUGCUCCCAAAAGACCGGUUUGGUCUUGCGUUUGGUGGCCUAAAAACACAAAACUACCAUGAUCCUGCUGCUCGUGGGCCUGGUUCUCAUACAAUUCGCACAAUAGCAUGGAACCCUACCGGCCAACUCAUUGCCACCGGCUCUGCAGACCGUACCCUUCGAAUCUGGAACCCUGAGCGCUCGCAAGUGAAAUACUCCACCGAACUGCGCGGCCAUACUGCUGGCAUUGAGAAAGUCGUGUUUAACCCUGUUCGAGACUCCGAGCUGGCCAGCUGCUCCACCGAUGGAACCGUUCGCGUUUGGGAUGUCCGGUCAAAGACCUGCGUCAGUCGUCUAGACGUCGGAGGCGAGGCAUUCACCCUGUCCUGGUCUGCUGAUGGAAGGGUAAUGAUUGUUGGCAGGAAGGUGAGCGAACACCCACGAGCACAACGCAGAUGCGCUCAACACCAGGAACUUCACAACUCACAAAAUGUCCAAUAUCUGCAGGACGAUACCCUCAUACCCAUCUCCGUCGAAUCCCCAUCCACCCCAACCAUCCACCCAGACGGACCACCCAACGCCGCAGCAACGCAACAGCAACAAAAGCCCACCUUUACACCAUCAAUCUACACAGCUCUAGAACCACACCCCCAACCCAUCCAAACUAACGCAACAACCUUCUCACACCACAUCUCCACCCCUUCCUCCCCCGACCUCCACCUCUUCGCCACAACCGGCGAAGGCACCGUCAAGAUCAUCUCUUACCCGUCCUUUGACGUCCUUCACACCCUCCACGCCCACACUUCCGCCUGCCUUUCCAUCUCCCUAGCACCCACAGGUCGCUACCUCGCCGUCGGGGGCAGCGACGCCCUCAUCUCGCUAUGGGAUACAACAGACUGGAUCUGCAAGCGCACUGUUUCGAGCAACAACGGUGGAGCCGUGCGCGGCGUGAGCUGGAGCUUCGACGGUAGAUUCAUCUGUGGUGCUUGUGACGAGGUAGGCUGUGGCGGUAAUGGCUUGGAGAUCUUCCAUGCGGAAACGGGCGAGAGUGUUCAUACCGUUCCUACGGGGGGCAAUGCCAAUUCGGGGAUUCCGGCUGUCGCGUGGCAUCCUUCGAGGUAUUGGCUUGCGUAUUCUACUACUGCGGAUGGGUCGGGGCCGGGUGGAUUGAGGAUUGUAGGGGCUGCGGGUGGGAAUUUGUAA